AUGGUUCAAGUGAGAGCAUUGUGCAAUGAAAUAGAACGUGUAAGCAUUCUUAAAGAAUGCGGUAAAUUAAAGAUCAAAAUAAAUGAACAAAUAAUCGAAACAUUGAAGUCUUCCGCAGUUUGUUUUUCAGAUUUCAUUAAAGAAAAAUGUAUUUUGAAUAAAUUAACAUCUUCUAUUGAAUUAAAUAUAAAUAUAAAGUGCAAGGAUUCAAUCAACAUACUCAAAAAGUUUAUUGACACCGGAAUCCUUGAAUUUCAAGAAGAUGAGAAUCAUUAUCAUGACAUAUUUUUAUUUGGAAAACAUUUUAUGAAUCAGAUUUUGAUACAAAUGUAUAUUAGACACGUUAAAUCAGAUAGUUCCAUUACAAAUGAAAAUGUAUUUCGUAAAUAUGAAAUUUCUCUUAUUGAAAAAGAUAUAACAGCACAAAAUCAAUGUCUUGAAUACAUUUCAUCACACCUAUAUUGCUUGAAAGACAAUGAUAUUAUUGAAAAUACUGUUGAAUUUGGAUACGACUUUUUUGAAAAAGUUUUAACAUCUAAAUCAUUAAAAAUCCAAAACGAAGAUAAACUAUGCAUGCUACUCCUCGAAAUUUGCAAACAUGACAAUAAGUUCUUUGAUUUAUUUAGACAUGUUUCAUUAGAAUAUUGUACACCUCAUAUAUUUGAAGAAAUUUAUAAUUUUUCGGUUGAAAACUCAUUCGAAUCAAUUCUUCUAAAGAUCUAUAAAGAUACACUGAAACACUAUCAUUCAAGUAUAAGAAAUAAAAUCGAACUAUCGAAUGAACCAAUUUCAUCAUUUGAAAAACACAUCACUAAACCAAAGUUUGAAAUUUCAAAUAAUCCAAUUAAUGUAUAUGAAUAUAGAUAUGCAGAAAUAUCAAAAGAAAUUAAGAUGGAAUUUACUUCAUCACCUGUUUGCUGUGGAAAAAUAACAGAUAUAAAUACUUAUACAAAUCAUGAAGAUUUCCAUACAAGAUGGAGUUCAAAUGAAUGGAUUCGUGCUGAUCUCAAAGGAUAUAAAUUAAAACCAAGUUCUUAUAUUUUACUUUCAGCAUACAAAGAUAACAGUCUUUUAAGAUAUUGGAGGUUAGAAGGUAUAAAGGAAGAUGGAUCCACUGUUGUAUUAGAUAAUAAAGAUUAUGCUUUUAAAAAUAUGGAAAUCAAAAAAUUUCCACUCCAAACAAACGACUAUUUUAUUGCUUUCAAGAUAAUUCAAACAGGUAAGAAUCAAUGCAAUGGUGUCAAUAGUCAUGAAUUAACUUUACAAGUUUUUGAUUUCGUAGGCGAAUUAAUUAAAUUGUAA